UCUGUUUUAUGUAGCCCACAGUCAGCUUUUUUGUUUGUACUAAACCUUAAAACUGUAAUAUAGUAAAAUAUAUAGUCACUUAUUUAUGGGUGGUGUUUUACCAACAAUUCUGAAUCUAUUUACGUUUCGACCUUAACGGACUAGGUUUGUCCAUCUGGGCUACCGUACCGGUCAGACAGCGUGACUCUGGAGGGGCGGUGCCAGACUUUAUACAGAAAUACAGAUACUUCAGUCUCUUUUGCACCACUAUAAUCAAACAAUGAGCACUUCUGAACAGAAAACUAUCACUGUGAUCGGCAGUGGUCUGAUCGGCCGCUCCUGGGCCAUGGUGUUCGCCAGUGGAGGUUAUUGGGUAAAGAUAUACGACAACCAAGCAGGGCAAGCUGCAAGGGCUGUCAUGGAGAUUAGGAAGCAGCUGGAGGAGCUGGAAGAAGCCCACAUGCUGAGGGGGGAUCUCACCAGCACACAGCAGCUUGCUCUGCUCUCCAGCUAUGAAGACUUGGCUCAAGCACUGGAGGGAGCCUUUUUUGUCCAGGAGUGCGUAUUCGAGCAGCUUGAAGUCAAGCAGAGGGUCUUUCAGGAAAUUGAAUGUUUUGUGGGUAAAGAAGUGAUCCUGAGCAGCUCCACCUCCUGCCUGGUACCAAGCAGCGUAUUUGCUAAAGUACAGGAAAGAAGCCGCUGCCUCGUGUCCCAUCCGGUAAAUCCACCCUACUACGUCAAACUGGUCGAGCUGGUCCCGCACCCAGAGACCGUGACAGCUGUUAUGGAAGCCACCCAUUAUCUGAUGAUCAAGGUCGGCCAGGCGCCAGUCCUUCUGAAAAAGGAGAUAGAUGGCUUUGCCCUCAACAGAGUUCAAGCUGCCAUUAUCGCUGAGUCAUGGAGGCUGGUCCAGGAUGGUGUUAUAUCAGUGAAGGAUAUCGACCUGGUGAUGUCAGAGGGACUGGGAAUGCGUUACGCCUUUAUUGGUCCCAUGGAAACAAUGCACCUGAAUGCCCCUGAAGGUUUGGAAGACUAUAUGAGACGAUACGGGGAGGGUAUAACCAGGGUCCUGAAUUCCUUUGGGCCUGUACCUGACUUCUUCGGGGAGCCAGCCAAGGGUGUCAUUAAGGAGAUGUGUGAGCUUAUUCCAAGUGACCACCAGCAUCUGUCAGCCAGGAAGGAGAGGAGGGACCUGCUCCUCAUGCAUCUGGCUAAACUAAAGAAUGAUCGCUGAGCUCAACGUGCCAAGGCCAGAAAUAAAACAAACAAAGACUGAUUGCUGUACUUUAUUUCAUUGUCAGUCACAUGACAGAUAGGAUGAAAUUUCUGAGCAUUUCUGUAAACUUUUUUUAAAAAUGGGACUAAAACAAUAAGACAUUUGAACACUGUAAAUAAUUUCUUGAGGUUAAUCAUGGACAUAAUUGUUCAGCAUUCACUAUUCCAUAAAAUAAGAAGCUGUGGUCCUUUUGUUGCGUUUGUUUUUCUUAAAUCUGCAUUAUAUGUAUUUGUUAACUUGUGGAGCAAACAAAUCUCGCUUCAUACGACACGUCUUAUUUCAUGUGAAGAAAUAUCAAAAGAAAAAUUGUGAACGUUUUCAUUAAUAAAUUGAUGAAAUUAUUAA